AUGAGUAGCUCUCACACCCGAAGAGACUACGCCACUGCAGAGUCCGAAAGGAUGAAGGACCAUCAGAGGCUUUCUUCCUCGCGAUGCUGCGCUGAAUUGUUGUCGACGACGGUAUUCGGAGUUCGUUAUGCUGCAAAGAGGCCAAAGGUCUGCCAUGGAAUUCCAAGACAAGGGGACAAAGGAGUCAGUCCUCGGAGAGAGAAGAUCGCCCACAGACAAGAGGCGCAUGCUGUCUCUCCUCGCAAACGUCAGCCACUUGUCCCCAUGCUCAUGGGACCUCGAGCUGCACUCCUGUGCUUGUUACCCCGUUUUUGUGUUGUCCUGGUACAUGUCUUGCUGCAUGUUCUUCCUCCAAGGGUCUUGAACGUAGUGGCAACGAAUUUGGUGCAGACAAAGGAACCCAUGGAAUCGUGUGUUCCUCCUGGAUUCAGGUUUCAUCCGACGGAUGAGGAGCUCGUUGGCUACUAUCUUAAGAAGAAGGUGGCUUCUCAAAAGAUAGACCUGGAUGUUAUCAGAGAUAUCGAUCUCUACAGAAUCGAGCCAUGGGAUCUCCAAGAACGGUGUCGGAUCGGAUACGAAGAGCAGAGUGAAUGGUACUUCUUCAGCCACAAGGACAAGAAGUAUCCAACAGGUACGAGGACGAACAGGGCCACCAUGGCCGGCUUUUGGAAGGCGACCGGGAGAGACAAGGCGGUCCACGACAAGAACAAGCUCAUCGGCAUGAGAAAGACCCUCGUCUUCUACAAAGGACGGGCGCCGAACGGGCAGAAGACCGAUUGGAUCAUGCAUGAGUACAGGCUCGAAUCCGAGGAGAACGGAUCGCCACAGGAAGAAGGAUGGGUCGUGUGUCGCGCAUUCAAGAAACGAGCCACUUGCCCUGCGAGGAGCGUGGCCGCCAUUUGGAACUCCGGCUACUGCUACGAUGAGAUCGACAGGAUGAACUCCAUGGUUAAUCCGAUGAUGUGCCUACAGAAGCAACCCAUGAGUUUGCAGUGCAAGCAAGAGACUGAAUUCGAGGAGCUGCAUCUCUUACACCCCUCCCAGUUCGUGCAGCUGCCCCAGCUGGAGAGCCCAUCCCUGCCUCUGGUGAGUCAACCCAGCUCGAAGAUGACGGUGUUGGAGAAAGAGGACGAGCAGCAACAGCAGCAAGCGGGGAUGUCGAGCGGCAUGGGGAGUGUGACAGACUGGAGGGCGCUCGACAAGUUCGUGGCGUCGCAGUUGAGCCACGAGGGUGGCAGUUUCGUGAGCGAACAGGUGGUCUCGGAUUUUGGUGUAGAUAAUGACUCGGAGAUGGCACUGCUGUUGCUUCAAAGCGAGAGGGAAGGCUUCAACGAGUUCAUCGGCUCAGGCGAACCUGACUGCGACAAAGGCAUCUGUAUAUUUGAGCAAUGAAUCUGCUGAUGUAUAAGGAGCAGCAUAAGGUGUUUGAUCCAACCCCUACCAUUUCUUCUUCUUCUUCUUCUUCUUCUUCUUCUUCUUCUUCUUAAUAUGUAAGCUUUGGAUUGGCUAUCACUGAGCUUUUCUUGUAUAAAGAUUUAAAUGAAGCUCCUUGCCUUGUUUAUCUAUACCUUUUGUCUGGUGCACGAAGAU